UUGCAAGGUGUAUCAAACAUAAACCCUCUACUUGUUUUCACUCAAAUAAACCAGCGCACUCGGGUUUGUUGUUGAUUUAUUUGGCAGGUAACUUUUUUUUUUUUCCCCCCACCCCUAAAAAAACUCCAUCGCUCCAUCUUGCCUUUUGAUUGACCGCUCCAUAUUUUUCUCUCUCUCUCUCUCUCUCUCUCUCUCUCUCUCUCUCGCUCCGUGCUGAAUUUUCCUCCUGCUGGAGAAAAAGGGAGAAGAAAAAAAAACAACACUGGGGGAAACUGAGAGGAAGAAGGCACAGCGGAAAAUAGAGGAGGUGGAGGAAAAAGUGAAAUAACAGGAGAUUAGCGGGAAGAUUUAAGGAGCAGGUUGGGAAGAGAAGCAAGAAGACAUUUUGCAAGUGGAGAACGAGACUUGCCAUAUAUAUUCUUUUUUUCUAAAGAAGUCCCUGCCUUUGUGUGAAGAUUUCUUUUGUCUCCCAUACGCUGAUUUUAAAAGCGCAAACAAAAAUCCCUUCACCUCUAUCGUAGGAAGACAUCUGAAAACCCCAGCAGAUAAGCCCAGAGCUAUCUGCACGGCAAGAUACCACUAUCCACAAGAGGUGACACCAUGACAACAGAAAUGCAGGAGAUCGCCAUCACAGAGGAAAAGCCUUUACUCACGGGUCAGGCUGAUACCAAGGAUGCUGAACUGGCUGCCAGGAUACUCCUGGACCAAGGACAGGAGCACAGCAUUGAGACCCCACAUGGUGUUCUGCACGUGACCCUCCACGGCACACGGACCACCCGCAGGCCUGCGAUCCUCACCUUCCACGAUGUGGGUCUGGACAGCAAGAGCUGCUUCUCCCCUCUGUUUAAGUUCGAGGAGAUGCAGGAGAUUGUGAAGAAUUUCACCCUGAUUCACGUUGAUGCUCCGGGGCAGGAGGAGGGGGCUGCUGCCUACCCCGCAGGUUACCAGUAUCCCUCCAUGGACACCGUAGCAGAGAUGAUCCCUGCCGUCCUGCAGUUUUUCAACUUCCGUACUGUAAUCGGAGUGGGUGUGGGAGCGGGAGCGUACGUCCUCUCCAAGUUCUCAAUUGCAAACCCUGACUCAGUGGAAGGCCUGGUUCUGAUCAACAUCGACACUAACGCCCGAGGAUGGAUAGACUGGGCUGCUCAGAAGCUCAGCUCUGUGACAUCCUCCCUCACGGAGCAGAUCGUGUCCCACCUUUUCAGUCAGGAGGAGCUGUCAUCAAACACAGAUCUAGUGCAGUCUCACAGAGAGCGCAUCUCCAAAGCCUCUAAUCUGGUCAACAUAGAGCUUUUCUGGAAGACUUACAACAGUCGCAGAGACUUGAACAUUGACCGCAACAGCUCCUUCAAGUGUCCAGUAAUGUUGGUGGUGGGCGAUCAGGCUCCAUAUGAGGACGCAGCCGUGGAGUGCAACAGCAAAAUGGACCCAACAACAACCUCAUUCUUAAAGAUGGCUGAUGCAGGUGGUCUCCCCCAGCUGACCCAGCCUGCUAAACUGACAGAGGCUUUCAAGUAUUUCAUCCAGGGAAUGGGCUACAUGGCUUCAUCUUGCAUGACCCGCCUGUCCCGCUCCCGCACCACCUCCCUCUCCUCCUCCUACUCCAUGGAUGGGUCCCGCUCUCGCUCCCGCACCCUGUCCCAGGGCUCGCAGGGCGGCCAGAUGCCACCCAGCCCUUCCCAAACGAUGGAGGUGUCUUGCUGAAGGGAAAAAAAAGAAAAAUGAUAGAGCGAGAGAGAGCGAGAGAGUGAGUGAGAGUGAGAAAGAAGAGGGCAAAGCGAGAGGAAGGGAAGGAUGAAGCAUGACAAUAAUGCAGGAACGAGACGAAUGGGUUACUUAUUUGUCACUAAACAACUCCCAUCAUUCCCCAUGAGUGCAGAAUAGGAAUAGAGGGAGAGAGAGGGAGGGAGAAAGAGGAAGAAAACCUCCAUAUUUUGCACCACAUACAAAGCCCACUCCUGCUCCUCACAUCCCCCUUCCAGCUAAAAACAAAGUGGAUUGGGCUGUUCUACAAUGAACUUCAGAAGAAUAGGCUAGAAGAGAUUAAUAAAAAAGAAGGGGGGGUGUAGGGAAGGAGUGGCAACUAGUUCUCUCUCUCUCUCUCUCUCCCUCUAUUGGAUCCUCUGUACGCCAAUAGAGCCCUUUAAUUUAGAUAAGGAGGCCUAUAGAGGCCACACACCUUGCGUUAACCAUAGUAAUAAUUCUGAAAAUGGUAUUGUUCUUGAUGCUGAUGAUAAUGUUGUUGAUGAUGAAGCUAAUGAGGAUGAUGAUGAUGAUGAUGUAAUAGAAAAAAACAGUAACACUUUUCUCUUUAUUACGCAAUGAGUUUAAAAUGACAUAGAGUAAAAAAAAAAAAAAAAAAAAAAA